GAGGAGGAGGUUCAAGGAGAAGGGAGCUGGGGAAAGAGGAGAGAGAAAGAGAGGGUAGAGAGACAGAGAGAGGUUAGGGGAGACGGAAGAGAAAGCGAGAGAGAGACGGUCGGAGAGAGAAAGAGGCGAGUGUCCCAGAGAGAGAGAGAUACGAGAGGAGAGAGCAGAGUAGAGAGAGAGAGCGAGAGAGAGCGAGAGAGCGAGAGAAAGAGAUCCUGUAACAAAGAUGUUUAAGCUGAGUGAGCGAGCGCAUCCGACUCACGGCUGCACCACGUAAAUGCGCGUGCGCGUGUGUGUGUGUGUGCACGCGCGUAUGUGUGUGUAUGUAGACACGUGUGUGCUGGUUUAUCUCUGGACUUAGAUGAGGAAUGGGGGAUUAGGCUGAGUCCAUUGGGACCCGGAGUGGAACUCAGAAGCUCGCGUCCGUCGGCUCAGCUCCUCGAGGAAGACUCGGCUCCACGGGAGGCGCGAGCGAUGCCGUGAUAACCCUCAGGCGCACACAGAGCUGCUCUCACCAAAGAUCACGCCAAAGACGAGGCCAGAAGCUAGGCGGUCCCGGCGGCACGGAGCAGCAUGCCCGACUCCCCGGCGGAGGUGAGGACGCCGGGCCGGGGCAGCCUCACGCCGCCCGCCAUGCCCCCACCGGGAAGCCAGGGCAGCGCCCGGGCCGCCACCUUCACCCCCACGGCCAUGCUUAACGGCACCAGCAGCAGCCACUCCCCGUCUGCCGGCUCGCUUGGGGGGUCCCCCUCAUCCCCACCGACCGGAUACCAUGGCAGCAGUGGAGGUGCCGGAGGAGGAGGAGGAGGUGGGGGAGGAGGAGGAAACGGAGGUGGAGGAGGAGGCGGCGGCGGCGGUGGAGGAGGAAGCGGAGGCGGCGGUGGGGGGAGCGGCGCGGGGGGCCCUGCCCCCCUGCUGGGCCAGCCCCCCGCGCUCCCGGCGGCGUGCGGGGCGCGUCAGCUCAGCAAGUUGAAGCAUUUCCUGGCCACGUUGCAGCAGUUCAGCUGCGACAUCUCCCCGGAGAUCGGCGAGCGCGUGCGCGUGCUCGUACUGGGGCUGGUGAACUCCACGCUGAGCAUCGAGGACUUCCACGGGAAGCUGCAGGAGGCCACCAACUUCCCGCUGCGCCCCUUCGUCAUCCCCUUCCUCAAGGCGAACCUGCCGCUCCUACAGCGCGAACUGCUGCACUGCGCGCGCCUGGCCAAGCUGCCCCCCGCCCAGUACCUCUCCACUCACCAGCACCUCCUGCUCGAGCUGGGGGGCCUGGUCGGUGCCGGGGUGGGGGGCGCCCCCCAACUCCCGCCGAUGCCGCCCGCUCACCCGACCCUGUCGUCCGUGGCGACCCCCAACGGGGGGCCCUGCACCCCGGCGGGGACCCCCUCGCUCGCCUCGCCCUUCGACUCCCCCGACCUCCUCCUGGAGCUCAACGAGAGCGGCAAGCGGAGGGGCGGCGAGCACAGGGUGCGAGAGAACGGCUCUCUCGACCGCGACUCGCUGGGACCCCCCGCGAAGCGCGGGUGCACGACGAGCCCCGCGCAGCGCUACAGCCCCGGGCAGCAGCAGCAGCAGCAGCAAGCCAUCAACGGACUCCCUCCUCCAUCGCUGCCGCACGGGGGGCCCAUGUCCCUGGGCCCUCAGGCCACGCCGCCUCCGGUCCCUCCCCCGGCGCCCACCGCGGUGGGCGGGUCUCACUACGCGCACGGCGGCGGCGGCGGCGGCGGCGGCGGCGCAGCCACCGGGUCGCACCCCCCUCCGCCGCGCCUGCUGGAGGGCGUCCACGGCGUCUCGUCGCACCUCUACCGGGAGGGGGCCCCCUCCUCCUACCGGGGGGACGUGCACGACCUCCGCGACAGACACCGGUCGCUCGGACUGGGAGCCCCGAGGCAGGAAGAGGUCAUUGACCAUCGCCUCACUGACCGCGAGUGGGCCGAGGAGUGGAAACACCUGGACCAGCUGCUCGCGUGCAUCCUGGAGAUGGUGGAGAGGACGCGGCGCGCGCUCUCCGUGCUGCGUCGCUGCCAGGAGAGCGACCGCGUGGAGAUCGCGCGCCUCGUGCGCCGCUGCGGGGACGCGGCGGCCGCCGCCCACGACGCCAAGAAGGGGCCGGGACCCCUCGGCGGGGUCCUGGGAGCGGGGCUCUCGGCGGGGCUCGGAGGCGGAGGCGGUGGGGGGGGAGGAGGAGGGGGUGGGCUGGGGGGAGCGGGGAUGGCUUCGGCGGCGGGGCUCGGCUCGGGGGUCGUGGGGGUCUCGCCCAAGCUUGCCGGGGUCACGGCGGCGGCGGCUCCGAUUGACGCAGUGCGGGAUCCUCCGAUCAGACACGGCAUGAGCUACAUGCCCGAGGAGAUCUGGAGAAAAGCCGAGGAGGCCGUGAACGAGGUGAAGCGCCAGGCGCUGGCCGAGCUGCACCGCGCCGUCAGCGAGGCGGAGCGGCACGCGCGCGGCGCCGUGGCGAGCGAGCGUGCGCGCAUGGAGCGCGCCCUCGCCGAGGCCAAGCGGCAGGCGGCACGCGAGUCGCUCGCCUCCGCCGGCAGGCAGGACGACUCGAGCGAGAGCUGCUGGAACUGUGGCCGCAAGGCGAGCGAGACGUGCAGCGGCUGCAACGCGGCGCGCUACUGCGGCUCCUUCUGCCAGCACCGCGACUGGGAGCGCCACCACCACGUGUGCGGGCAGGGCCACGGGCAGGGCCAGGGGCAAGGCCAGGGGCAAGGCCAGUCUCAGGGCACGCAGCAGCAGCAGCCUCAGCAGCCUCAGCAGCAGCAGCAGAUGAAGCCGGAGCCUCCGUCCCAAGCCGAGGGGUCCCCGGGCGCCGCGCCGGGACCCGCGGGGGGCCGCACGGCGAGGCCCCCCAAUCCGCCGGCCGCCACCUCGGGGCUGGAGGAAGACGACGAGGAGGCGGCGUCGUCAUCGUCGCCGCCGGGAGACGCGGCCGAGCCCAACGCCUCGCGCUAGGGUCGACGCGCCGUCGCCGUCGGAUGAUGAAGAUCGGAUCCAGCGGCGCGGGGUCACUGGGAGGGGGUGUGGGGGCCUGGCUGGGUCGGUGGGGGGGUUAAAUAGUUUCCUCCUCUUCAUCGUGGGUCUGAACCUAGGCCACCCCUCCCCCACACCGCCCCCCCCCCCCCCAACUCCGAGCCCCGGUGCAGUUGUAGCGCCUGCACACCCGACGGCUACGAACGCUGGUCCUGACCUGACCGACACGAUGCGCCCCACCACCACCACCUCCUCCUCCUCCUCCCUCCCCCUCCUCCUGGGAAGGGGGAGGGGGGGGCACCGAUGCUUUAAUGGUGAAGGCCGCACCUCACGCGACCGUCGCGACCUUCGCUCGUGGAGGGCCCGGGGCCCGCGUCGCCACGGGGUCAGGCUUCCACCUCGACCACCUCCACUCGACGCUCUUCUUCUUCUUGUUGUUCUUGUUGUUUGUUACAUCGGCGUCACGUGACGUCUACUCUGCCCGCGUGCAGACGUCCUCGUGGGCUCUCCGAGCCGGACCACGCUUAGCGCGCUCAGCGCGUCGCGAGAGGGUCAGAGCCUCGGAGGGGGUGGGCGAGCCGGGGGGGGGGGGGCUCACUGUGAGUGGAGCUGCGGGGACGGAGUGGGGGGGCAGGGGGCUCAGGCACGCGGGGUCACGGGGUCACGGGGAUAUCUCGUGACCUUAACGCGGGGUGGGGUGGUUGACGGUGAGUCACGUGAGGCGAUGAGUUUACUGGGGACGCUUGCGCGGAUGGGUUCGCAAAACUCGGGAGCCGUUCAGGCACUUGAUAGACAGCCGUGGGGAUCAGGCGGAAAUGUCAUAAUUUACGCAUACACACACAAUCACACACACACGCACGUUUAUACACGUGUACACACACGCUCACACACGCUCACACUAAUUAACACACACCACCUCUCACACAUUCACUACCGCUCUAACACACACACACUCACACACACUCUCACACACUCGCUCACACUCUCUCACACUCACACACUCUCACACACACACACUCUCUCACCCUCUCACACGCUCGCUCACACUCUCUCACCCUCUCACACGCUCGCUCACACUCUCUCACCCUCUCACACGCUCGCUCACACUCUCUCAUAAACCCGAUCGUGUCCCGGCCUCGCAUCACAACGCACACGGCAGGGACGCCUUGAUCCGAACCUCUUCAGGUUACUCUAAGGUCCCCUGUAAGGUUCCUCGGAGGUUCGGAACCAGUGCGCGAGGCCACGCCCCCGCUCCCCGCUGGAGACGUGACCCCACGCAGCCUCACGUGACCCCGCCGAGAUCUCACCGUGACCUCGCGACCUCGAGGCCGGGAGAGAGCCCCCUGCCCUAUCCCCCCAGCCCCCACAACCCCUCCCCCGUGGCCUGCCCCCCCUCCCACCCUUCCCCCAGGUCUCUGUAUGUCGGCAGCGGCCACGGGGUUCGGCCAAAGGAAGGCCCGAGUCCUUCACCUCCUCAUCUUCCUGACCUCCUGCCGCCGCCUCGGGCGCACGACCUCUCGCCCGCGAGCAGCAUCGGCCGCCGCCACCUCCUCCUCCUCCUCCUCGCCCUCCUUGUCGCUUUAAAGAAUAAAAACCAACUCCAGGCACUUCUCAGAUGAAACCAGUUGGCUUUAACAGAUGUAUACACGGUAGACACACACACACACACAAAAAUGAACAAACAAACGAAAGAAUAACGUCGGCGACAAUUUUGACGCCGUCGAUGACAGAUGAUCAAAGUGAGAAGAGAAGAAGCGUGUACAGUGUUUAUGUCGCGAGUUCGCGCGCGACUCAAGCUUGUCGACUCUCUCCCAAAGACACUCGAAGACUCCUCAUAAGACGCCCAAAGGUUCUCUCGCCGCCGCGUCUCGCGCCGCCGCGUUCUCCUCGGAGCGGUGCACAGAGCGUGGCACGCGGGUGGUGGUUGUGUUUGGUGGUGGUGGUUGUGUUUGGUGGUGGUGGUCGUGGUGGCGGUGGUCGUGGUGGAGCGCACACACAGCACAAAGAUGGCAACUCACGCUGCCAAACAGCCACCCACCCCACCGACCGACCACUGAAAUACAAAAAAAAACCUAAAAAAUAUAUAUAUGUGUGUGAGUAUAUAACUUCAAAGAAACAAAAAAAAACAUGAGAAAUCAAAGCCACGUGCCCCGGGCUCCCGCGCCGCGGCUGGGAGGCUGGAGGGGCGUGUGCAUCGUGACUCUAGAAUCUGGCUUCACGGGGUAAAUAGAUACAUAAUACAAGGAUGACCUCAACAGCUGCUGCGUGAGCGACGAGCAUUGUGUGAUGGAGACGGGGAACAAGGGCAGAGGCGGGGCUCCUCUGACGCCUCUUCUACUCAAAGCUACAUUCAGGGAAACGGAAGAAGCGACCGGCAGCUCAUUCUGACGACCCGCGGAGGUCGUGAGCUCGAACCCCACCAGCGACCUCUUAGGAGCCCCUCAAGACCGAACUUGACUCUUCCCCCACUACGCCCCCCCCCCUCCAGGACCCCUAUGCGGCGGUCCCGGAGAAGAAGACCGCGUGGUAGCGACUCGGCUGGGCACGGGGGGGGGGGGGGGGACAGGGGGCACGACGACUUCGUAAGGGGCGCGAGGCGGGAGAUGCGUCCUCCCGCCGGAUCUUCUUGCUACUCUUCACAUUCCUCCCCCCCCUCCUCCUCCUCCUCGCGUCUUCUGCGAUGUCGUCUUCUCCUCGUCGGCGAUGGAAGCAGCAGCCGCGGCACAAUGCGGGGCGCGUGCGCGCGUGGCUCCACGCGGUGACGCUGACCUCGUGACCCCACGGUGACCUCUGCGAGAUGUUGACCUCACGUGUACAGCCUCGCGGGGAGAGGGGGGGGGGGCAGGAGGAGGGAGGAUAAAGAGGUAGGUGGUGGGGUUGGGUGCUUCGGGUUACUUUUGCAACUUUUGGGAUAAGGUGUUCCUCCCUCUUCAAACGCUCACCUCCGUUAGGCGACCCUGCGCCAGAGGUGGAAAUUCCACAUUACUUAGUCGGUGGCCAGUCCGGUUUGCAUAUGAAACGACCGCUAUUGACUUCCCAAAAAGUGGUCCACGACUUAUCGACCCAGGAGGGAGGGAGGGGUGGUCGGUCGGCGGAAUCUAACUCUGGUGAGGCAGAGUGGGAGUUGUGAUCUCCAAUAUUCCCAUUGUUAAGUCGAACGCUUUAGCCACCGCACGGCCCGGAGGAGUGGUGGCGUAGGUGGCUGACGCCUCGCACGGAGCGUGACACAGAAUCGUCACGAACUUCGGCGGCCACGUGGGCCCAGGGGUCGGCGGACCGAACCAGCAUCGCUGGCAGCCUGGGCUCGAAUCCAGGAAAGUGGAACAUCGCUGAAUGUGCGCAAUAGCAGAGCUCGCUUCAAGGGAUGUCACGGACGCAGUUCUGUGACAUCCCCUUCCGCGGACCGUUCAGUAAUAGGUGGUGGAGCGCUGCUCGAUGACAGUUCCGAAUGAGAACCGCGUCUCGUGGCAACGCGACACCGAUAGCACAAUCGGUGAGAAAUGAGCAGAAUCGGUUCAGUUGAUUUCGGCUGAACACCACCUUGAUAUUACGCCUCCUCCUGCACCCCUCUUCCUGCUUCUGCUCCCCUCCUCCUGCACCCCUCCUGCUCCCCUCCUCCUGCACCCCUCUUCCUGCUUCUGCUCCCCUCCUCCUGCACCCCUGCCCCCUUCCUGCACGCCUCCCCCUGCUCCCCUCCCGCACUGCUCACCCACUGCGGGGCGCCGUGCCCUGCCCCGCCGCCUCCCCACGUCCUCUCCCGGACCCUGGGAACCAACUGCGACCGCGGGGGGUUCGGAGAGGAGUCGCGCAAGCUCGGACCUCCGCAGGGUCCUGCUGCAGGGGGUCGGGGUGGAGGCUGCGGGACACCUGAUUGAGAGCCCUCCCUUGCCACACGCGUUCACUCAGGGGCUCGCAGGAUCGGUCCGCGCGAUUGCUUCUUCCUCGCAGCAGCAGCAGCACCCGAGUUUGGGUUCCGCGUUUCCGCCGCCAAAACCUCGUGGACUCGACGCGCGCGCCGCUCGCGCAGUGACUCGAGACCCCCGCGGGGAGACCCCCGUGGGGAGUCGGGGGGGGGGGGGGGGACCCCGUGUGGGGCACCGCGCUCCUCCCAGGCCCCGCGGAGAGACACUGGCGGGAAGAGCGCCCGCGGGAGAGUGCGACUCAAGAGGAACGGCUUUCAAAGUCUCGAGAACGGAGCUCUGAGCGCAGCGACCGGGUGACGUGCAAGCGGCGAAACUUUUUGCUGAACUCGUCCGGAGCGGUCGUAAUUGACACGGUUAUUUAUUUAUUUAUUUCGCGCAUUUGUGUCUUUAUUUAUUUAUGUAUUUGCUCGGUGCGGAGUGUUGGGGGCGGGGAGGCGGGGUCUGGACUCGCCCCCUUCACCACUUCCUCUGAUUGUCGUCCCCUUUGCUGGAGGCGACCACCGUGCGCCAAAGUGAGCGUCGCUCGCAGACCUUCAACAACAACAACACAACAACAACACAACAACAACAACAACAAAAACACAAAACUCAACGCGUUCCCCUUCCUCUUCGGGAACAAAUUCCAAAUGUCUGAAGAACCUCCAAAUCAAAGCGUGGGGUUGUGGGUGGGGGGGUUCAAGGGGUCACCGCGUGCGCGUGUUGUGACGGACGCGCGCGCUGAGCACGCCGCAAUGCAUGCCGGGCCCCGUGGCCGUGUCCGUCCCUAGCAGAGGUCCUUGCCGUAGAGUCAGUAGCCGCCGUCGUCGCUGUUCGCAGCCCGUCGUGUCGUCGUCGUCGAUGUUAGUCGAUGUUAGUCGAUGUUUGUGGUCGAUGUGGUCGCGUCUACUGCCGCGUCCGGUGCUCACGACGGAGAGGGGGGGGGGGUUAUAUGGGGGGGGGGGUUACUCAUCCCCCUACCCCGCCGUGUCCUCCCCACCCCCCCCUCUAAAAUCCCUUGACGCUUCCCCCACAGCCCCUCCCCCACAGCCCCUCCCCUCAAGUAGGGAUAAACAAACCUCAAUGUAGUCGCGAAGGGCGAUGGGGGGGGGGCUAGAAACCCCCCCCCCCUCCUUCAACCCCUCCCCUCGUUUGGAGUCGCGAGGGCGAUGGAGCGUUCGGGCCUCUGCCGAGCUCCGAGACACGGGGGGGGGGGGGCAGCUCGGCUGCGUCAACCCGCGUCACUCGAGUGGUGAUGGUGGUGAUGAUGGUGGUGAUGGUGGUGAUGGUGGUUAUCGUUCUUGUUUCUGUUGUUCUCUCGUGUGAGCGUCCCGCCCGGGCUGUCCCACACCGCGAGCUUCGAGCUCAGCCAACAAGAAACGAUCGUCACGUGACCGCAAUUUGGAUGCCGCCGGUACCUAUACACGUAAUUAUAAUUUGCGUACGCGUGUUUAACUUCUUUCGCACCGUACGUAGCCGACCGUGAUAAUCUAAUGUCCGGGGGAAGACAACAAACUUAACGCAAAAAGCAGAUCAGAAGAAAUUAGUGUGUCAAUCUAGAUUAUUUCAAAGUGGAUAUCUCCAGUGGCUUCCUAAUAUUGGAAGAGCGUUCCAGACGGCCGCAGAAGCGCAUCUGAAAGCGCGCGAUGCAGUCACGCGGUCCCCUUGCCAAUCCAUGAGGCGGGGGUGGGGGGGGGCGGUGUUCACCCAAACUUCACUGCGCUGGUCAGUGCGACAUUUGUGAAGGGUUGGUGGAGGGUCGGUGGGCAAUGGCUGAGGACCAGUUCAGCUAUCGCCAUUCGCUGCUGCUGCUGAUGAUGAUGAUGUUAACCGUGGUCGGGAAUCGAACUCAGGUGGUCCGCUAACCACAGCCCCCCCCCCCCCCCCCGUGACUUGGUGUAACACUUCACUGCAAUGGCAUCGCUAGCGGGUGCGGCGCCCUACUGCUGAGAAGCCACUUUAAAGCAGUCGCCGUUUUGUUUUUAAUCCAAUUAGCAAACGUUCAGGCUCGCGUGGAACAGACAGCCCCGGGGGCACACGGCUUAGCUCGGUAUAUCGGUGUGUAGCUACAAGAUAAGAGCUGUCUGUGUUACCUACUGGGGUCGCGUGCCCGUCGGAGCGUUGGAAGUCGCCACGUGGUGAUGGCGGCGGCCGCGCGCGUGCUCGUGUGCGUGCGUGGUCGAGUCUUCGUCGCCGUAAGCGGUCGUGUCGCGUCGGGAAUUAUCGUAGUGCGUCUCAUGUCUGUGUGGACUACCUCCGAAGGCUAACCAAUUAACCAAUUAACAAGUUUAAAAUAAAAUAAAAUAUCUCUAAUUAAAGAAAAAAAACCGGAACCGCUUCACCUUGGACCUCGGAGCUUUAAUAACCAAAACCUCUCACAGAAAGCAAAGAAACCAAAUCUUCGCCUCUGCUAUAGCUGCUGCGCGUGUCUGAGUUUCAAUGGGACCUCCUCUUCCUCCUACUCCCCCCCCCCCCCCUUAAUUCGUUUUGUAAAAUCUUCGUCGACCGAUAAAGAAACCUCGAUAAAAUAAUAUAAUAAUAGGGAACUCGGGUCAUUGAAGUCUCAUCUGUGGUCCGCAGCUUUCGUGGACACACCUCAAGCGCGCUCAUCACUUGUAUCGUGAUGACGACCAGCUCUGCUACGUAGACUUACAUGCGUACAACAAUAGCGGUGCUCGCUAUCGAAUAGGAUGACGCAAGGUCAAAUACCGAGAGCUUUAUGAUUUAGAGAUUUGGUCAAAUCGGCGAGCUGUGUGGUCGGAUGUUGGUGGUUGUCUCGUCACGUUUCGCCGUGGAAUCUUCCUCCUCACCCUCUCCCGCCUCGCUUCCUCCCCCCUUCUCUCCCCUCGCCAAAAAUACCCCCCAACAAACCACAAAGUUACGGGGGGUGGGGGGGGGUAAAGGUUUGAGUCCGGUAACCGGUCUUAUUAUUCUUCGUGUCGCCGUGAUUCUCGCUAAAUCAGAAAAACGUCACCAGUGAGUAGUCCAUGACCUGAGACCAAGAUGCUUGCUUGUCUCCUGCCCGUACCGCACAAGGUGCCCAUCUCCUCCCAUCUCCUCCUGGCGUGGCCAAUAACGGUGCAUUUUGUGUGGCAGCCGCGUUCGCGACGAGCGGAGUCGUCAUCGGAUCAUUCACCCAAUUCCGCUUGGCCAUAGACAAGCAACGGAUACCACUCAAGAGUGUUAGGACGCUCCACUUAGUGCCCUGGCCCAAGGGACUAUUGCUGCGCUACGAGAGAGGCCCCCCUCUCGCCCUCUGCAGAAUGCAUCAAGGCACUGCACAGAGACGCAGAGCGUUCCCGACGGUGGAGGAGAGAUUCGUGCCGUGUCCUGCGAGACGGCGGCAGCAGCAGCAGCAGGAGUUGGCGCCGUGUGGUCGAAAUUCCGUCGAAAGUCCCAACAAAUAUUUGUUUUAAGAGCAACUGAAACUUACGAAUGAUCGGCUGAUGUUACUACAGAUGCCUUCUGGCAGUGGUGCAAAGGCACAGCCGACGACAACCACGACAAGUGGAACACGCUCAUCAGUGGCAUCGCCUUAGAAGGGCGACAUUAAAAGAGGCGACAUUCGUGGCAAUGACCUUCCUUCGUCAUCCCAAACGUGAUAGGCACGUCAAGAUCAUGGCCAUGAUCUUGAGUGAGCAUCAAUAGUAUUACUGUCAGCAUUCAUACACUGCUGCACGAGGCCUCCCGAAGCCGCCGCCGCCGCCUCUCUCGCGAUUUCUGCGAUGUCAGAAUCAAAAUCAGAAUCUGUAUUCAUCCUAGAGGAAUCCGAUAAGCUGUAAAGCUUUUUUCACAGAUGUCCACUAGGGGGCGGGUAAGAACGUUACAACAACAAACGAUUUAAAAACACGAUACUUGUGCAAAGUACAAGAAAGGUAAACAAAUCACCCGAAAACAGAGGAACUAAACUAUCCCCAUCCCACCAGGCAAAGCCCACUGAGGUAUUCAUUCAUUGUUCAGAAGCGACCUGGCCACAAAUGAACAAGGUGGCUCGUCAUGUCACGAGCCCGCCCUGCACACGAGGAGCUCAUCCUGUGGCUCCGCGUGGAGCACCUUGACAGACGGUCAUGGAGUUCUGCUGCUCCUGCUGCUGCUGCAACUCCUGCUGUGUUGGCAGUGGUGCACGAACGCAAACAACAACAAACUCAACGCACGCUCGUCACCAUCAACACUGUGUGUGGCCUGAAAAGACACGGGUACAAUUGGCGACGUUUCGGGGCAAUGCCUCUUCCUCAGAGCACCGACAGAGGCGUUACCUACGUCACCACGCAAUAUAAGAGAGAACCGCAGAGCUUGCGGGCGAAUUUAGCGGCGGCUUCUCACCACCGCGUGGCUGCAGCUGCCUUCCCGCUCCUCGUCCCCUCUCUUUCUCUCGUUCUCUGAGUCGUCCUCUCUAUUUUGAGUCGUCCCCUCUCUCUGAGUCUCUCUCUCUACGAGACCAAAUGAACCCCGUGCAGGGGCGGUGCUGAGUUACAAAGUUGAAUUUAUUGCAAUCAUUAUUGCGCAAUGAAGGGGCAUUGCCCGAAACGUCGCCUAUUAUAUUGUUUUCCUACUCAAUGCCCCACAGUGUUAUUUACGAAUGGUGUUGAGUUGUUUUAUAGGCAAGUUUAAUUCACUUUAUCGAUUAUUUUGGACUGAAGGCACAUGCUUAAUGACUGGCUGUCACACGGAAACCAAGAUACGUUCUAAAGGUGAUGCGAACGAGGCGUCUGACUUGAGGAUCAUCUUGAAGCGAGCCUCUCUGUUGCUGUAUAACUGAUCUUAACAUGACGUGAAUUAUCGUAUUUAAGAGAAAAGAGCAAUUCCGUACUGUGAGUGUGCGUACGUUUAAUUUAAUAAGCAAUUCGUCUGUAAAUAUUCACACCGGCUCGUCUCAUCAAAGUCAAAACCCACCCCCCCCCAAAAAAAUAAUGAAAAAUAUCAAUAAAAAAAAUCGAUUGUCUCAUUUCGCGAUCGCGUUGCGUCGUCAGCGGCGUCUGACCCGUGAGGAAGCGCGCGCGACAUCACGCGCCCACUGCCACAAUUAUCUUAGAUCACCGACAUUGGAAGGAAGAAAAAGAAAACGCUUCAAAGGCCCUUCAAACUGUGCGUGUGGUUUCAUUUUUUUGUCAACGGUCAAAUCUGCAUAAUGUUGGUGGUGGCGGGAGGUGGCGGGGGGUUGG